UUCUCAAAUGUUAAAAAAUUGUAAAAUAAAGUUUUUUUAGAAAUGGACAUUUUUUGAAUGUUUCUGGUGGGGCGUGAUGACAUUAUCUACAGUUGGUCAGGAUAUGAAUCCAGAAACAUUUCUAGGUCAGGCGUUGGGAGGUCUUUGCGCCCUCGCAGGAGUUUUCAUUCUCACUUUACCUAUUCCUAUUGUUGUGAACAGCUUUGCUAGUUACUAUAAGAAUAGGAUGUGGAGAAACGAAGUCAAACUUAGAAAGAGAGAGAGGUUGCGAGAACAAGCAUUGCAGAAGAAGCAAAUGCAGAAGCUAUUUUUACUUAAGGCUAUGGCUGCACCAGGAGUUGGUGUGGUUGCAACAUCAGGAAAAGGGAAUAAUUCUACCUCUGAAGAUGGAAGUAUAUAUCCAGCAUACCCUUCACCAUUCUCAGAGGAGGAAAGGGAAGCCCAGAUUAAAGUUUCACAUUAUCUGUGAACAAGAUUUUUUUUAUAUUUUAAAUGUAUAAUUGUACCCAAUAAUGAAUAAAUGUUUUAAAUGUACCCAA